CACAACUGCCCUCUAAAGAAGAGACGAUCAGCCAUGAGACGUCUAGUGUAUUGCAAAUUUGGUCCUCGAGGCAACAGUGCAUGUCAAGAUGUAGAUGUAUAAUAACCACCACCUUCUGCGAUAGUGGAAGAUGAUCCAUCUUUACUACCUUUCCUUCAAGAAACAAAACUAUAACCCAUUGCACGAAAAAUGGGCGCGUCGAUGUCCUCCCCCAUGCAAGGUCUUCGGAUCAUUGCUGGCAUCGUUCGUACAAUCGUCGAUGAAAUUCGGUCGUCGACGAUCUUGGAAAACCCUACUUUUGACAACAUGAGACAGGCAAGAGACCCGCGCCCCCGAAGGCAAGCUCGUAGGACACGAACGGCAAGGUGGCAGGAUGAAGAACGGCAAGAAUAUCGUACUGUUAUAGACACGGAAGGAGAGAUCAGAGGGGAAGAUAUAGAUGAGCUCCCAGCCGCUCGAGCUCCAAAUGCCACUGGGGAAAAUGUUGAAGGAUUUCCCUCUGUACAGACGGGCGUAUGGCAGAGGCCAAGCGAAGCGGAGAUACAUGCUUCAGAAGAAACCCCACGUCGGCAUCUUUAUGAAUCGUCAGGGCGUUGCGCCGCUGUACUCCAGAUGAAGACGAAGGAAGAAGAUGUCUCGGCCACGAAGUCGACCAACAAAGGUGUUCCGAUGAUUGAAGAUACCAUCAAUGGGGAAGAACAGACCUUGGAGAAACACAGCGCAUUCCAGCUCGUGAGCAUCCCGAGUGAGGAGGAGAUACAACUAGCGAAGCAGAGAGUCCAAUACCAAGAAGGACUAUUCCAUUUCGCAAUAACAGGAGUUUCCGGUGCGGGAAAGUCAUCGCUGAUCAAUGCCUUCCGAGGCCUCCGAAACAGAGAUCAAGGGGCUGCACCAACGGGCGUAGUUGAGACCACCACGGAUAUCGCUAGAUUCCCAGAUCCAAACUCCAACAAUCCGUUCGUUUGGUAUGAUGUCCCAGGGUCCGGCACGUUGAACAUACCUGAUUGGCAAUAUUUCACCGCACACGGACUCUACGUUUUCGACUGCAUCAUCAUCCUUUUCGACAGCCGCUUUACGAUGACUGACCUUGCCAUGCUAGUCAAUUGUCGGCGUUUCAACAUUCCUACUUAUAUCGUGCGGUCGAAAUCAGACUCACAUAUAAGAAACAUCAUCAAGGACUCGGGUUACGACAGCGAUGAAGAUGAAGACGGCUCGCGUCGCAACGCGUUGUAUAGCUCCGCACGCGAGCAGUACAUCGCUGAAACUCGUGGCACUGUGAAGGGAAACCUUCAGGAGGCGAAUUUACCCGAUCAGAGGGUGUACAUUGUUGCCAAUAGCACUAUGGUUUCCACAGUGAGAGACCAGAAACUAUCGGAGAAGACUAUAGACGAACUAGAGUUGAUGCGAGAUCUCUUUAGGGAAGCUCAGUCAAGGCGUUGUGGUAAAGAUAUUGGUCGCUCGCAGGCAUAGGAAGCUUUAACGUCUUGUUCAAUUAGGGCAACGUGGUCAGGCUGAUCAUCUGAUGCCAUGUCCAUCGGUGAGCGGUGCAUCAAUGCGAAUCAGGUUUGCCAGCAAAGCAUUUUGUAUGUGAAUUCAAACACCGUCACAUUUUGAUCGACCCUGGGUUCCACUGGUACAGUGACGUUUAUAUAGAUCAGGCCUAAUUUUCAUAGAUUCCUUGCGAAAGUGGCCAAAAAACCUGUGACCGGUCCGACGCAACUCGGAGUUGUAAACAAGCUGCUCCAAGGUACUACGGGACGGUGCACUGCGGUGGUGUCACAUAACGCCCGGGAAGGCCGAGUGACCUGAUCUGGACAAG